GUGGUAUUCUCACAAUGUGUGACUGUCCUACCAGUCCUAAAUGACACUUAAUUUUACCUUUAAAGUGAUCAAUAUGCAUUAUGCGACUUUUACCUCAUUAAAAAAAUUCUCAUAGGAUCAUCAUCUUGAUAAAAACACAAUGAUAAAUGAUGCUAAAACUAGUAUGUAGAAUAAGAAACACAAUUUUACAGUCUCCAAAUACAUCCCAUCCGAAUGUGUACUAAUUUAAAAGGGAUUCUGAAAGGAUGUUAUGUAUUGGAGAAUCGCCACAGGAGGCAUCCUGAUGAAAUUUCCUCAAUGGGAUGACAGCACCGUUAACGAGGCGAUUCCACAUUGUGCCACCUCAGGCUGCGGGGAAGGACUCAGCCUCACUUCUGUGAUUUGCAGACCCCAACCACGUGGCCUGUGUGUCAUCAGAUCGAAACAGAAAUAUGUGAUACUUGGCUGGAGUGUGUUCCUACUUUGGAUACUCUUGUACUAAGGUCUUUUGAGUCAGUGAUGGAGGCAUUACACUGAUGGGUAAAUGAUACCAAUAUUCUGUGUGCUAUUUAUCUAUCCUUAUGCUUUAAAUGGUUUCAAAAUAAAAGCAAUAGAAAAUAAAUUACAAUGCCAGGUAACAUAAUCACCAGGAGAAGAUGUAGUGACUAAGAUUUGGAAGGAAAGUGGUUGAUUUGCAAUUUAAUGAGCAUAUUCAAAAAUGCUUUGAUAUUGAAAAGUAUCUGUAAACCUGGGCUAUUCAUACACCUAAGUUAAAAGGAAUUGUAUUAAAUAAGGUAAUGUGAAGGUCUCCUCAGGUGUCCAACCCCCUGGAAGAGAGGAGAGGUCCCUGAUGAACCCAGAAAACUCUCCAUCAUAUCUGGGCCCUGGUCCAACAGCCCCAAACCCAUCUUAUCCACAACAACAUGGAAUCUAUAGGGGUGCACUUCCCCCUCCUCAGGGAUACCCCUACCAAGGAUACCCACAGUCUGUGUCAGGUAGGCCUCAGGGGCCUCCUAAGACCACAGUGCAUGUGGUGGAAGACCAAAGAAGAGAUGACCUGGGCCCAACCACCUGCCUCACAGCCUGCUGCACUGCUCUUUCUUGCUGCUGUCUCUGGACAUGCUCACCUCCCGGCCUGGCCCCUGUCUUGUCAGCUUGUCCUGACCCUGUCCAGUCAGGCCUGGCUCCUGUCCUGUCAGCUCUGCUGCCACCUCUGCUGGGUGCACCUGUCCAUCUCUUCUGAUUGCUGUAAUAAGUGACUAGUUCUAAAAAGAUGCCUCUUUAUUCAACACUAAGGGGUUCUAGAUUAGCAAGGGUUGCGGCUGUUUAAUUCUAUAACUUGAUCUUUUUAAUGUUCAAAAUUCUUUUAUUAUUGAUCUCUAACAAAUGUGCUAAAUGAUGUUCUAUUUUUGGGCCAAAGGCUUAGUUAUGAAAUAUAUAUUCAUAAUUUUAAAAUUAUACCUUCAAGGUAGUGGCAAGAUAAGACGUACCACUGAAUGAUUUUCUGCUAACACCCUGUAUGUUUCAAUAUAUUUCUCUAAAAUAAAUAAAUAAACAAAUAAGAUAAUGCAUGUUAAGUUCUCUAUAAAUUCCUGGGUCAUAUUAAUUUUUUAAUAAAUUUAAGUAAAUGCCAACUAGGAUUUUAUAUUAUUAAAGGGAAA